UGCCAAACUGCAUGAGAAUUGCGUGGAGGGAGGAGGAGGUGGGGGAAAGGGUAAUGGGUAGGCUUAGCCUGUACAGUGCUAUGGAUGUGAAAGAGCUUAAAGGUAGCACAUGCCUUUUGAACUGAUCACCUGAGCGUCUGUAUCCCAGCAGCGCUUAAGGAGCUGCUGACGUGCUAGAGCUUAUUAAUCAUUCACCAGCACCAGAGCCGCGCCAAUUAAUCUUCUGCAGCUUGGUCCUUCAGCCAGCCUUCUUUCCCCUCCCCAAGCUAUUCUGCUCCCCGGAGCCCCAGAAAAUCAAGCAGCAGCGCUCAGUCAAGACUCCGGCAAUGCACCCUGCCGCCUUCCCGAGCCUGAGCAGCAUUCCGAGCCGCAAUCUCUUGCACUGUGCUCUACAGCGGUAACCUGAAACAAACAGGUGAAGGAACAGUCUGGGAAGUGGGAGCUCCCAAGAGCAACGGGACAGACUGCGGAGCACUAGGGGAGGAUCAGAGCGAGACAGCGCAUCUCAGACCCCGCCUGCCACCCAGACCGGAAUGUUUCCCAACAAUACUGCCUCGUUUCCUUCCUCGUCUUCUAGCAGCAGCCCCAGCAGUAGCAGCGGCGGCCCCGGCCCAGGGUCCAUAGCCCCUGAGGGCACAGAGGAGCCAGGGCGCAACGCUAGUCAGAAUGGGACCUUGAGCGAGGGACAAGGGAGCGCCAUCCUCAUUUCCUUUAUCUAUUCCGUGGUGUGUCUCGUGGGGCUCUGCGGCAACUCCAUGGUUAUCUAUGUGAUCCUGCGCUACGCCAAAAUGAAGACGGCCACCAACAUUUACAUCCUUAACCUGGCCAUCGCAGAUGAGCUGCUCAUGCUGAGCGUCCCCUUCCUAGUCACCUCCACGCUGCUGCACCACUGGCCCUUCGGCGCGCUGCUCUGCCGCCUGGUGCUCAGUGUGGACGCAGUCAACAUGUUCACUAGUAUCUACUGCCUAACUGUGCUCAGCGUGGACCGCUAUGUCGCUGUGGUGCACCCUAUCAAGGCGGCCCGCUACCGUCGGCCCACCGUGGCCAAAGUAGUGAACCUGGGGGUGUGGGUGCUCUCGCUAGUGGUCAUCCUGCCUAUUAUCGUCUUCUCCCGCACAGCUGCCAAUAGCGAUGGCACGGUGGCCUGCAAUAUGCUUAUGCCAGAGCCAGCUCAGAGCUGGCUAGUAGGUUUCGUCCUGUAUACUUUCCUUAUGGGUUUUCUACUCCCGGUCGGGGCCAUCUGUUUAUGCUAUGUGCUCAUUAUUGCCAAGAUACGUAUGGUAGCCCUCAAAGCCGGCUGGCAACAACGCAAGCGCUCAGAGCGCAAAAUUACCCUGAUGGUGAUGAUGGUGGUAAUGGUCUUUGUCAUCUGCUGGAUGCCCUUCUAUGUGGUGCAGCUGGUUAAUGUCUUUGCUGAACAGGACGAUGCCACUGUGAGCCAGCUCUCAGUCAUCCUGGGCUAUGCUAACAGCUGUGCCAACCCUAUUCUCUACGGCUUCCUCUCGGACAACUUCAAGCGCUCCUUCCAGCGCAUCCUCUGCCUUAGCUGGAUGGAAAACACAGAGGAACCGCUUGACUACUACGCCACCGCCCUCAAAAGUCGGGGGUACAGCGUGGAGGACUACCAACCAGAAAACGUGGAAUCCAGAGGCGUCUAUGGCAACGGAACCUGCACCUCCAGGAUUAGCACCCUUUGAAGGACUAUUGGGAAAGCAAUGCUAGGUGGUGAAUUGGGCUCAGGGAUGGUGGGGGCGAGGUGCUGUUCGAAUGGACGGAAAGGAAUAUAACAAGACUGAGUGCAGGUCGAGUUGAAGGGGGAAGGGGCAUACCGGAAAGUUGGCAAAGGUUAUAAGGAAAAGAUGGGAGUACUGUAAUUUUGUAAGAAAGGGAUAAGGAGCUGAACUGAGCAAGGGCAAUGAAACCGGGAUGGAGUCCAGGAUUGCAUACUAUGCUUUCUCCAAUCUUCUUCUUUUCUGUAGUGUCCCUAUCCCUACCACCUCUCUCCCACCCUUUGAACCCCUCUUAAAAUUUCUCUCUGGCUCCUUCUGUCCCUUUCUAGCUGAUGACUUGUUGUUGUUGUUGUUACCUUAUUCAACCUCUGAGUGGACCUUCAGUCUCUCUGUUCAGCUACUCCACCUUUCUUUGUUUGGUCCAACAAGGGGAACUGGUAAAUUCCUUUGUUAAUACCGUCACUUUCCUUUUGUAUUUCUUCUCCAUCUCACCAUCCUUGCCCUCCUCCGGACUCACCUAGGCAGGGACAGGUAGCUGAGCCUAGGACUCUCAUCCUCUGCCACCAUAUCCAAACACUUCUCCUUGAAGGAGAAACACUGGAGGGCGUGCAGAAAAGUCUUCUCUCCUUCUCGUCAUCUGUUUGGGUUUUUUUUUUUAGGGACUCCGUAGAAAGAUGAGGGAAUAAUAGGGGACUUUUAACCCAAGUUCAGGAUCAUAGAUAGCAAAUCUACUCUCCCAAACAAAAGAAGAAAACUUUCCUGGGAGAAUACUGGGAGAAAUUUUCCAUUCCCAGUCCUACAUUUACCUUCUCCCUCACCCAGAGGGAGCUGGGUGCUUAGAACAAUGGGAAUUUACUUAUGACACACAGCACCAGCAUUUGCUUAGUCAUCCAAGAGCCUAAAAUCCCAAGGUUGGGGUGAUUCCCUCCUUUUUCUUCCACUUAUCACCUCCCACUACCUAGCACUCAUUUCUAAUAUUCCUUCAUUCAGCUAACAUCAUAGAUCAAGAAAAUUUAGGCAGAGAGAGUGUAAUUCCCAGGUUAAAAUCAGGUUUGGUUUUAUAGUGUUAACCCCUUAGUAAUCUCCAUCACCUCCUCCACAUUACCUCCCAGCCCCUACUUCUAAAAUCCAGCCAUGGGGUGCAAGGACUUAAGUAAAACCAAUCUAUCUGUGGGAUAUUAAGUGGGGCCAGACCAGAGCAGAUAAAAGAUUUUCAUUAAUCUGUGGCUGCUAGUUCUUACCCUCUUUCAUGCCACACCCCCGAUCCUACCCCACCCAUCAGGAUUCCAGCAGUUUAACUUUUAAGGGUUGCCAUUUUUAUAAUAGUAUGGCUAAUGAGUCCUCCUAUCUUAGCUGCAUGUGUGUGUGCAUUCAUUCAUUCAUUUAUUUAUUCAUUUAUUCACUCACUGACUGCAUUUGAAAAUUAUCUUCCCUACCCUCCCCAGUCUAAAUACAAGGUCUUUGAAUUGUAUUCAAGAGAAUCUGGUAGAGAGAAGAUGAUCUAGUCUAGAAGGCUCCUUCUGAUAUUCUUCACCCUUUCAGGGUCUUCUUUUCUCCCCUUUCUUUCUCUUUUCCUUCCUUUCUCUUUCCAUAUUUUGGUGUGUACCUAGUAAACAUUUUAGAUGUUUUUCAUCCAUUUCUUAUUAUGGUCUCCUGUUUGUAAUAUGACAAAUUAUAUUAACAACAAUCAGUGCCCUACAAUGUACAGUGAUAGGUCCCAGUUCUUCGCACUUCAAGCAUGAUAGUGUGCCACAUUUGAGAAGAUUUAAAUAUAUGUAUGUAUGUGUAUACAUAUAGUGUGUAUAUAUGUAUAUAUAUGCAUAUAUACAUAUAUAUUUCUGUGCCAGCAAAACAAUGACAAAUAUAGCUAACAGGAAACCUUUUUAGUGAAUCACUUUCUAGAGUAUACCACUCAAAAGGACUCAAGCUAAAAGCUCAGAAACAUAUAAAACACUAAGUACUGUAGGACCAAGGAACAUUUAACACUGUGUUUCCUGGGCUUUGACUUAGUUCAAACUGAAGUUAUCUUAUCAUGAAAUCUUAGCUCCUUGGGGAACAUGGGAAGAAUAGCUAAUAUACAUUGCAUGUCUCCCUAACUAAAUUGGAGCUGGAAGAACUCAGUCUAGCUCAUAGUAAGCAUUCUAUUAAUCUAGAUUAAUGAGUGGUAAGAUGGAGCCUUGUUACAAAGUCAGAUGAUUAGAAAUUCUCAACCACAAAUCAUUUUUGAAAGUAAGCAGGUAUAAAUAUUAAAGAAAUACAGAAAACAAACCCUAAUGUUCUUCCAUUGAUAACAGAUGAAGCAAAACAGAAAUUCUAGCCACUAUGUGAAAAAAAAAAUUAAUGUUUCAAGACUAGUUAGCUUUCCUUAGCAAAAAUUUUGCUUUUAAAAUAGCAACUUUAAAAAAGACCCAUUUAAAAAAUGGAUACUGUUGCUUUUGAUUGUAAUUAAGACAAAAUUUGGUCCAAAUAUUUUUAUUUGUUAAAGAGAAUUGAAUUGUUAAAAACAGUGAAAUUUACAUAUAAAAAACCUUAAUCAUAAUUAUCUUAAGAUACCAAUUUGGUCUUCUUAUUCUGUCAUUCUAGUCAAUAUAACUGUGAUGUUAGCUUAAUAAAAGGCAUAUUAUUGUAUACUAAUCUAUGUGUUGUACAUACCCGGUAAAUGUAAGCUUCUUGAGGGCAAGGAUUGUUUCAGUCUUUGUGUCCCUAGUGCCUAGCACAGUGCCUUGUACAUAGUAGGUAUUUAAUAAAUGUUUGUCAGAUUGGAUUGGAUAUGUGUAAUUUUGCAAUAUUAAGUUGAUUGCUGUAAUCAACCACUCAGAAGCAUGUACCCCAUAGGCUAAGGAAAUUAGCUUGGGUUUUAAUCAGAUGGAUUUGAAUUACCACCACUCCAUAGCUUUAUCAUGAGAAAAAGAAUCCUUUAAGGUUUCCAAAAAUUAUUAAAUGAUUAUUUAUGUUAGA